AUGACCGAAAAAGGUGAUUGGGAUCUAGAGGUCCUCAGAGAUAUACUUUCGUUGCAGGACGUGGAGAGAAUUAUUAAAACUCCAAUAUCCAUACAUUACCCUGAUUCUUGGUGUUGGGCGAACGAUAUGAGAGGCCUAUACUCGGUUAAACAAGGUUACCAGGCUUUGACAGCUGCGACACUGACUCAAAAUUCAUCCCACGAAUUCACUGAUUGGAGGAAACUCUGGAAUAUUCCAGUCCCACCGAAAGUUAUCAACCUGUUAUGGCGCGGCGUCUGGGGAAUUCUGCCAGUUCGUGAGAGUCUGAAGAUGAAAGGAAUUUGGAUAGGAGGCGGCUGCCCUCUAUGUACAUCCGAUGUCGAAACAAUCGAGCAUUUAUUCCUCGAGUGUUUAGCCGUGAGGCAUCUAUGGGGGACGGACAACAUCCUCCAAGGAUCGACGUUUGCAGGUUAUAUUAAUACUGCGUUAACAACACUGUCCCAGUCAUCUUUGGUGAAUUUAGCGGCGCGGACUUGGGUGAUCUGGAAUACAAGAAAUAAUAUAAUUUGGCAUGAUAAGGCUUGGACCGUGGAAGGGCUUAAGCGACAGGUAGCUGAGUUUGCUGCAACCUGGAUAGAAAUCUUGUCACCAGCGAACAAUGGCCGCCUCCGGAUAGUUACUAUACCGUCGACAUGGACGCCACCACCGGCCGGAUCCCUGAAAUGCAACAUAGAUGCGGCCGUGUCUGAUAGCGGAAUUUUUUAUGGAGCAAUAAUCCGGGAUCACUUGGGACAUUUUGUGGCUGCCCGAAGCGGAAGACUUCAAGGUGUUCAUGAACCAUACUGUGCGGAAGCUUUGGCAAUCAAAGAAGCUUUAACAUGGAUCAAGUCCAGAUCUUCAGCGAAUUACAUUUUAGAGACCGACUGCUUAAAUUUUUGUAACAAUUUUAAUUCGUGGAAAGACGCUGUUUUAUUGAAUUUAGGAAUAUUGGGGUUUGAUUAUGCUCUUCGCAAUAAGAAGCCUGCUGAGCUUACUGCGAAAAGCACUGAGGAACAAAAAACGCUAUACGAGCGAUGGGCAACAGCCAAUCGCUUAGGCGUAUUCCUCAUUAAGUCUAAAAUUGCCAGAGAGAUUCGUGGUCCCGUCGAUGAUAUUGAGAACAUUGAGCCAUUAAUCAAAGCCAUCGAUGAGCAAUUUGUUGACGCGAAUAAAUCUCUGGCAAGUACCCUGAUAAUGAAGUUUAUCAAUAUGCGUCUUUCCACUGUCAAGGGAACGCGGAAACACAUCAUGGAACUCAGGGACAUUGCGGCACAAUUGAAGAAGUUGAAAAUUAUUCUUCCAGAUGCCUUUGUGGUGCACUUUGCACUAAAUACCCUAUCUCAGGAAUAUAGCGCGUUUAAAAUUGCCUAUAAUACACAUAAGGAUGAAUGGUCUAUCAAUCAAUUGAUUACCAUGUGUACUCAAGAGGAAACGCGACUUGUAACUGAGCUUGGGGAAAGUGCUUUUAUGGCCACAACAAGGCCUAAAAGAAUGUCUGGAAAGCCUAAGGGACUUACCAUAGCUGCUAAGGGGAAACUAACCCCGAAAGCAGACAUUAAGAAGAUACAAAAGUGUUUCUUUUGCAAAAAGAAGGGACACAUGAAGAAAGAUUGUAUCAAGUUUCAGAAAUGGAUGUCCCAAAAAGGAUAUGACAAAACUGAGACAGCCAAAGGGAACUGA